CCUCCCCAUCCCUUCUCUGUCACGGCACACUCUCCCCCCUCACCCUUUUCUUUUCUGGAGCGAUAAAUCUGUAACAGAAACACGAAGAAAAACGAAAAUUUAAGUGGACGGAAUCAAAGGUCCCUUAGCCAAAAUGAUUAUAUCCCAAUAAUCCUUCCAUAUCGGAGACUCUGUUUCAGCUCUAAUCCAUCCAUAACCUAGCUGCUCUCAGCCUUUUUCUCUCGGCUCUCUCUCUUCCUGGUACGUGCCUUCUUCUUUCAAGUCUAUAAGGUGCUCUCUUAUUGACUGUGCUCGCUCUUCUUUCGUUUAUAGCUUCCAAGUUUGUUUCUUUACUGUUCUGUUUAGUUUGGUUGGUUGCCCAGAAAGUGAGAGAUUCCAACCAGUCUCCCCUGCUCACGACCUACUCGAAUACAACACUUUAGGUAUUAGAAACCAUGGCAGAGGGGAAGAAAGAAGUGGGACAGAAAUGGGAAAUCAAUCUCUUGAGCUCCAACUUAUUAUAGGGCAAGAACAGUAGACGAUGAAAUAAACAGAGGACAUCCAAAGAUUUUAAUAAACAAGGACGGACACAUGGGCUUUCUCCAUAUUUUCUUCCCACCCUACCGAAAAUGUUUUGCUGGGUGUUUCUAGAUUUCUGAUCUUGCCACCAAGGGAAAAAGCGGCAGAGAAGAGAAAAGAACAAAUUGCUCUGCUUUGCUCUACCCUACCCAGCUGCCCUUUGCUCAGCAGAUGACGGGGAAAAGCUUCAGAAUCGUUGUCCGCUUCCCCUUUCUGUUUCUCAUCUUAUGAAACGGACACAGAGGGAGAGAGAAGAGAAGCUCCACAUCCACCUGUCCCGCCAUCAUCAUCAUCUCUUUUGUUCAUUUCCUAUGUUUCGGUGGUUCCCAAUGUAAAUCCCUUUUUCCUUUGAUUUAUGAAACCCACCCUCACCUUUCCCUUCCCAAUGUUGCCACUCUUUUUUCAUAACCCUCCUCCCGCAUCAGAUCUAACAAAAACAAUCCUUUGGGUUUCUGGGUUUUGGGGUUUCACCCAAUAAGAUAGAAGUUAAAUUAGUGAAAAAGAAGAAUACGGAAACGUUUCUGAUAUGCUCUGUUUUGGGCGGGUACAAAGGGAGACAUGAAAACAUGGUCCGAGCACUCCAAAUCUUGCUUCUGCUUCCAUGUCUUCCUCCUUCUUCUUCCACUCCAAUUUUUAAUUGUUUCAUUUCCUUUGGAUUAGACAACAAACACUCUGUCGAUAUUUCUCCAAGCUGCCUCUGCGUGCAUUAAAUUCACUAUAAUAUUCAUUGAAUAAAAAUAUAAUAACAGCAACAGCUUCACAUGACCAAACCAACCAAUCUGUGGGUGUAAUUAGAUAGGGUCAUCCCCUCUAUUUUUCUGUUGUUGGCCCAAUUUCUUACCUACCCAAAAUUAAAUGAUUUUGAUCUCAGCGCCACUAAUCGGAUUCUUGUGUUUCAGAUUAUGCAGUGGCGAUGGACCGGUUAUUAAUGGAGGAGUUCGUGGCUGGAAACCAGUUUCCUCACCAACAUAGCAGCAACGAUGCUCAUGACAAUGAUGACAACAGUAGUAGGAACAACGGUAUUAAUAACAAAGGUCGGAGAAGGAAACAAUGGAGAUCAAUUUCUGGGGAAGUGAUGGAUUCCGAAGAAGAAGAAGAAGAAGAAGAGGGCAGCAAUUCCAACAGUGGGUUCGAUUGCAAUAUCUGUCUAGAUUCCGUACAAGAUCCCGUCGUCACGCUCUGCGGUCACCUCUACUGCUGGCCCUGCAUUUACCGAUGGCUUAACUGCCGUGGCGGCGACGACGUUGACGAGGAAGAGUAUGACAAGCCGUCGCAUCGGCAGUGCCCCGUUUGCAAGUUCGACAUUACCGAAUCCGCCCUCGUCCCUCUCUUCGGCCGCGGCCAGGCGGGUGAUGACGUGUCCUCCGGGCGCACUAGUUCCCCCGCCGGUGGAUCGAAAUCGGCGGUUGGGGUCGUAAUUCCCAGGCGGCCGCUGCCGCAACGGGUCCGCAGCCCUCGCGAUCCUUCUCCUCAUCGGCCGCCCCCGCCGCCGAGGCUGCGUCGGGGAUACUACGAGCAGCGGCCGCCGCCGCCGAUGAUGGGAGGUGGGGCGGCGGGUCUGAAUUUGGAUUUUUCGGGUCGGGUGCCGAUCCCGGUGGUGGGGAUGCUGGGGGAGAUCGUUUUCUCCGGCGGGUUCGGGAAUGGGAUCUACGGAUACCAGAACACGGCGGCGCAGGUGGCCGGCGGCGGCAGCCCUCGGGUCCGGAGGCAAUUGAUGGAAGCGGACAGGUCACUGAGCAGAGUGUGUUUCUUCCUCUUCUGCUGCCUUUUCAUGUGUAUCCUCUUGUUCUAAAUCCAAAAAGAAAUUGGCUUUGCGGAAGGGACAAGAGAAGUAAAGUCGAAAUAUAGUCACCGCCGACCUUGUUGACCCGACCCGCUUUCAAUAAAGUCUAGCCGGCGGCUGUUUUAACGGUGACUCCUGGGUGCGACUAUGCUAUUGAUUGUUGUAUGUGUAGUCGUGUAGACGUUUGUUCGUGGCUGUAAUUAAUGUAUGCUUAGGGAGGUAUUGGUCAACGUAUGCUUUGUCUUUGCUUCUCUCAUUCAACGUCACAAUCUGGUUUUAACCUAUGUAUAUUUCAAUCAAUAUCUAUUAAAAAAAUUAAGGCAAAAUAAACUAGUGUAGCCAAAAGUUUUGACAGUUUGGUAAAUAAUCAUUUCUGUCAAAUUUUUUUGAUGGUGUGAGUUAACGUGUUGAUUGGACUAACGAAUCGUCCGAACUGACAAUUUUUGUCCCGUACAUAUACAUAUUUCUCACGUGGAUUUAAUUAAAAAAAAACAAUAAUUAAAAUUUAAAAUUUUCA